AUGCCAGUAUAUAUGGAGCUUGCCGAAUCGGCCGUCCUGUCAUUCUUUGGAGCCAUGAUGCUACUUGCGUCAAUCCCAGUUUCAAUGACUAUCGCAGUGUUUGAUAUCUUCGGCAGUCUAUUCGCCAAACGAUCCAAAGAGCCAAUCACAUUCAUGUCGGAAGAACUUUUGAGUGAACUACGGCCACUUCCGGAAGAGAUACUAUGUAUGAGUGAAUCUGAAACAGCAUGCCAGUAUUGUGGAAUAUCAUAUCUCCUGCAAAACAAGUAUGAAAAGCUGGAGAGGCACGUUCGGCAGAUUGAAAAUGAAUUGCGGCAAUUGAAGCAUUUGGAAGAAGAACGUCCAGAGCUGUUGGAGAGACUACAGUCUGCUGAAGAUGCUCGUCAUGACGCUGAAUUGACGAUUCGAGAAUUGGAAGUAGCCAAUGAGAAUGCUGAACGAGAAGCUGAGGAGGCAACGAAUGAGCUGACAAGAAUGCAGAGAGAGUGGAAGACUAUGGCUAAACAACUGGCAGACGCAUUAGCCUCAGAUAGAUCCAAAGCAAACUCUCGAAACCAAAUCGCAAUCCAUGUCCUCUCCACCAUCGCCAAAACUCGAGCAUCUAUACAAUCGACUAAAACAAAUCAAACACGUCUCAAACAACAAGCAUUCGAAAACAUGAAAUCAUUCAUGACCCAAAUUAUAUCAAUUUCGGAAAACAAGGCUCAACAAAAAGUAGAAGAGUUGAGACAUUUGGCAGAUCAGAAAUGUGGACAUGUGGAGGAAGAAUUACGGUCUGAAAUUAAGAGGUGGCAGAUUUCGCUACGUGAGAGUGAAGAGCGGUGUGAGAGGCUUGCUAAAAGUAUGGAGAGGAGUAAUAUGGAUAAUGCGGAUGUGUCUGUCAAGCACCAGUCUUAUAUAACGCAACUGGAGGCUUCAGUGUCGGAUUUGGAAAGACGGCUGACUGAUUCUGAUCUGAAAUUGGAGCAAUUCGCCCGAGAACAAACUCAGCUAAUAUCCAAGAUACAGCAUCAACAGACAGUUUAUACGUCUGAGAAGGCUGAACUUGAUCAUGAAGCUAAAGCUCGUGUAGUUGAGGCGCAGAGGAGAGUCGAUCAAUCAGAGGAAAAAUUUAGAGAACUGUCGACAUCGAUGAAAGCGUUAGAAUCACAAUGUGAAGAACUUCGAUCGGAAAAGAGGAAUCGUGCUGAUUUGUAUGAAGUGCGAAUGAGAGAGCUACAGGACGAAUAUCGGCAGCAGAUUGAGGAGUUAGGCAGAAAUCAUGCUACACAGAGAAGACGACUAACAGAUGAGAAGGAAGUUGCACUAGCCAAAGUUCGUGAAACUGUUACGAAGGAAUACGAUGUGAACAUUUCCAAUCUGCAACGACAAUUAGACGAUUUACGAAGAGCUCGCGAUGCAGCUCGUAAUGAGGUGACGAGGAUGAAGAGAGAAGCCGAGGAAGAGACUGAGAAGAAGAUGUCUGCUCUGAAAGAGGAACUACGAAUUCUCAAGGUCAAAUCAGCUGAAGAACUAUCCCUCGUAAGAACUCAAAUGCUUGCCCUCGAGUCCCAACUAGCCUCUCGCCCGCCACCACCAUCCACACCACCAUCAUCAAACUCCUUCUUCCCACCAAUACAUUCCAACCAAACCAGCAUAUCCACCCAACCACCAAAAUCAGCCGCAUCAUCACAUUCAACACUAAUAUCACCAUCGACUCCCAACAUUCAACAAUUCGCUCAAGAAAUAUCAGACCUGAAGACCGCACUGUCAAGACGUGACGCAGAUCUUUCAUUCUUGCGUGAGACAGUCAAGAUGGAGUGUGAAGAACGAAUGGGACUGCUGUCCGAGCUGGCUAAUAUGAAGAGGAAGGUUCAGCAGCAGGCUCAACAGUCACCAACACAGCAACCACAAGAAACAACGGACGAGAAUCGAGGCAAUAAGAGCAGGGAUGGACGCUCAACACCAUCGAGAUCGAAUCCAAAUUUGGCUGCUGCUGCUGAAUCGAAUGUGAAUCCGGAACAACGAGCUUUCGAGAUGCGGAUGAAGGAUGCUCUUAGAGUCAAGGAAUCCAAGAUGGCAAAGACACUGAGUGGUUCUUUUCCGUCACGUCGUAAAUAG